GUCACGGACUUCGGGCACAGACGGUCAGGGUGCAGAGGGCACUGACACAUGCAGCACGUUUGAGGGCACGGACACCGAGCAACACGUCUGAGGAGAGAAACCUGAGAACUGUUCUGCCAUGGAGGAGAGGCGCCAUCUUCUCCUCAUCCUCAUUAUUGCAGCUGCAUGUUUCCAUGGUAACGCUGCUGAGAAAAAAGUCUGCACUCAAGAAGCUGUUGCCGACAUCGUCUUCAUGGUCGACGGGUCCUGGAGCAUCGGCUUGGCAAACUUCGAGCAGAUCCGCCAGUUUCUUUAUUCGCUGGUCAACGCCUUCGACAUCGGCCCCGAUCGUGUUCGCAUCGGCUUGGUCCAGUAUAGCACCACGCCGCGCACCGAAUUCAAUCUCAACACCUUCCAGAACAAGAAUAGCAUCCUCAAGUACAUCAGUAAGUUACCGUACAUGGGGGGCGGCACCCUCACAGGUCUGGGUCUGGACUUCAUGCUGACCGAGCACUUUGUGGAAGCGGCUGGAAGCAGGGCUGGUGAGAACGUGCCGCAAAUCGCCGUGGUGAUCACUGAUGGCAAAUCACAGGACAACGUGGAGUCUCAUGCCAAGGAACUGAGGAAGAAGGGAAUCGUCUUGUAUGCAAUCGGUAUCAAAGAUGCGGAUGAAGAGCAGCUGAGGGAGAUCGCGAAUGAGCCGCACAGCCAGCACGUGUACAGUGUGUCUGAUUUUUCAGCGCUGCAGGGAAUUUCUUUGAACAUCCUCCAGACGCUGUGCACGACCGUGGAGGAAGCCAAACGCCAACUACUGCAGAUAUCUCCAGAAUGUGCCAAAGCCAGCAUCGCCGACAUAGUCUUCCUGAUUGAUGGUUCCUCCAGCAUUGGCAUCGAUAAUUUCCAGAAAGUCCAGCAGUUUCUUCGCAGUGUCAUUGAGGGCCUUGAUAUUGGUCCUGACAAAGUUCGGGUCGGUUUGGCACAAUAUAGCAACGACCCUUACCAGGAGUUCCUGCUGAAGGAUCACAUGGACAAGCAAUCCCUGCUGGCUGCAGUAGACCAAGUUCCCUACCGGAGAGGACGCACAGAAACGGGCAAGGCCAUCACCUUCCUCCAGCAGCAGUACUUCACAGAAGAGGCAGGCAGCCGUGCCAAACAGCGGGUACCUCAGAUUGCUGUGGUCCUCACAGAUGGAGACUCCACAGAUGAUGUUGUGGCACCUGCCCAGCUCCUGAGGAAGGAGGGAGUCAUCGUGUUUGGUAUUGGAGUUGGAGAUGCAAACCUGAAAGAGCUUGAGGAUAUCGCCAACCGCCCUCACGAGCGCUUCAUGUUCACCAUUGAUAGCUUCCAGGCUCUGCAGAGGCUGACUGUAAGUCUGCUGGAAACUGUUUGCAUCUCAGUGGAGGAUCAGAGGAUGGCCUUGGCAGAAAUGUUUGCAGACAUCUUCUUUCUGGUGGACGCCGGCAUCAGUGCAGCCGAGUUUCAGAAUUUUCGGUCGUUACUCCUCCGACUGGGGAAUCAACUUAAUGUCGAUGCUUCUGCUUAUCGCUUUGGUCUGGCCCAGUAUGGUCAAGAUACCAAGGUGAACUUUCUUCUUAAUGCCCAUCAAACCAAAAAUGAGACUCAGACUGCUUUUAGGCAGCUCCGCCGACUCCAAGUGCAGCCCAAUGAACAACGAAAUCUGGGCAGAGCUUUGCAGUACGCAAGCAAAAACGUCUUCACCAGCGAGGCAGGAGGCCGGGCAGACCAAGGAUUCCGACAGUUCCUGGUCAUCAUAAGUGGAAAAGACUCUGAUGAUCUUGUGUAUAAUGGAACUCGUAUGGUCAAAUCAGCAGGAAUAGUUGUGGUGGCAAUGAGCCUGGGGGCUUCAAUGACUGAAAUGCGGCAAAUAGCUACUCCGCCACAUGUGUAUCAGUCUACCGCCAUAGUAAAAGAGCUGAAAACUCUGUUUGAAACUGAGGAACCAGAGGCCAUUCAAACCGAAGACUGUAAGCAGCCAAUUGCAGACAUCGUGUUCAUUGUGGAUGAGUCGGGAAGCAUCGGAACCGCCAGCUUCCAGCUGAUACGCACCUUCUUGCACUCACUUGUCAAUGGCCUGGAAGUGAGUCCAAAUAGAGUCCGAAUGGGUAUCGUGACUUACAGUGACAGGCCCACAGCUCAGGUCUACCUCAACACCUUCAAAGACAAGGACGAAAUACUGCAGUUUGUCAAGAUCCUGCCUUACCGUGGAGGUGGAAGGAACACCGGAGCUGCCCUGAAGUUUACAAAGGAGAAGGUUUUCAUUAAUGAAAGAGGAAGCAGACAAAAUAAAGGAGUACAGCAGGUGGCAGUGGUGAUCACAGAUGGUAAAUCCCAAGAUAAUGUGACACAGGCAGCAGCUGACCUUCGUAGAGAUGGUAUCACAGUUUAUGCAUUAGGAAUUAAAGAUUCCAACAGGGAGGAGCUACUGGAAAUAGCAUCUUAUCCCCACAGUAAGCAUCUGUUUAUUGUGCAAAGUUUUACUGACCUGAAACCCCUGGAGCAGAUCCUACAGAAAACCAUGUGCCAUAACAUCUUUCGCCAAGCUACCACAAUGAGCACAAGAACAACGAACAUCAAAAAAGGUUGUGUCCAUACAGAUGAAGCCGACAUUUUCUUCUUGAUUGACCACUCAGGAAGUAUUUACCCAAGCGAUUUCCAAGACAUGAAGAAGUUCAUCACUGAGUUUCUCCAUACCUUCCGCAUUAGUCCACAACAUGUACGUGUGGGGGUUGUAAAAUAUGCUGAUUCACCAACCUUGGAAUUUGAUCUAACAGCUUAUACAGAAGCUAAGACGCUGGAGAAGGCUGUAGAGAACAUUAAGCAAAUUGGAGGUGGGACGGAGACAGGAAGGGCACUGUCCUUUAUGGGGCCCCGAUUUGACCAAGGAAGAGUCACUCGUGGACACAAAGUGACAGAAUACCUCAUUGUUAUUACUGAUGGGAAAUCCACAGAUGACGUCAAGGCACCUGCAGCAAAGUUGAGGGCGCAGGACGUCAUCGUCUAUGCAGUUGGAGUGAAAAAUGCAGAUCAAACUCAGCUGGAAGAAAUUGCCGGCGAACACAAGAGGACGUUUUUUGUCAACAAUUUUGAUGCUUUAAAGCCCAUUAAAGAUGACAUCAUUACAGACAUCUGUUCUCCAGAUGCGUGCAAGGACAUACCAGGAGACCUCGUUUUCUUGAUUGACAGCUCUGGGAGCAUAUAUCCAGAUGACUAUCAGAAAAUGAAGGACUUCAUGAAAUCUGUCAUCCAAAAAUCUAUCAUUGGAAAGGAUGAGGUGCACGUUGGUGUUUUGCAGUACAGCUCUGUCCAACAAAAAGAGUUCCUCCUCAAUCAGUACUACACCAAAGACGCUUUGACAGCAGCCAUCGACGGCAUGGAGCAGAUCGGUGGAGGUACAGACACAGGCAAAGCUAUCACAGAAGUCUCGACUUUUUUCGAUGCAGCUCGUGGAGGUCGGCCCCACCUGAGGCAGAGGCUGGUGGUGAUAACAGAUGGUGAGUCUCAAGAUGAAGUCAGAGGUCCUGCUGCAGCUCUGAGGGACAAGGGAGUGGUAAUCUAUGCCAUCGGGGUGAUGGAUGCCAACACGACCCAGCUUCUGGAGAUCACCGGUUCACAUGACCGGGUCUACACUGAGCGAGACUUUGAUGCACUGAAGGAGAGUCAUGUGGCCAUGGAUCUCUGUGAUCCAGAAACAGAGUGCAAGAAGACUGAGACAGCUGAUAUCAUCUUCCUGGUCGAUGGUUCCACCAGCAUAACCCCGGAGAAGUUCAGAAGCAUGAAGACAUUUAUGUCAUCCAUGGUGAACCAAACCACAGUGGGCAAGGACCUGACUCGCUUUGGAGUCAUUAUGUACUCCAACGAUCCAAAAUCAGUUUUUACUCUGAAAGAGUAUGUUUCCAAACGUCAGGUUCUUCAAGCAAUAUCAGCUCUGAAGUCCCCAAAUGGAGACACGUAUACUGGCAAGGCUCUUGAAUACUCCUUACAGUAUUUUAAUGCUGAACACGGUGGCCGGGCAGAAUUGAAGGUGCCUCAGAUUCUCAUGGUGAUCACAGAUGGUGACACGACCGAUAGCAGAAAUCUGGUGAAGCCAUCUAUAGCACUGCGAGAACAUAACAUCAGUGUCUUCAGUAUUGGAGUGGAGGGAGCCAUCCAGUCCCAGCUGGAGACCAUGGCUGGUGGUGACACAUCCAAAGUCUUCUAUGUGGACAAUUUUAAAGCCCUAGAAACUCUACACAAGAAUAUUUCUCAUGUCCUCUGCAACUACACAAAGCCAGUUUGUGAAAAGCAGCAGGCUGACCUGGUCUUCCUGCUUGAUCAGUCUGAAAGCAUCAAACAAAAUGACUACACCACCAUGAAGAAUUUUACGACUGAACUCGUGAAAAGCUUUGAAGUUGGAAAAGAGUUUGUGCGUGUUGGACUCGCCCAGUUUAGCAGCACGUUCCAGAAGGAGUUUUACCUCAACCAGUUCUACACUGAGCAAGAGGUUACCAAGCACAUCCUGGAUUUGCAGCAGAUUGGUGGAGGCACCAAUAUUGGACUGGCUCUUAAUUCUAUUCGGGAGUAUUUUGAGGCCUCACGCGGCAGCCGACGCUCUGAAGGGAUUUCACAGAAUCUGGUGUUGAUCACAGAUGGUGAGUCCCAGGAUGACGUGGAGGACGCUGCUGAUCAUCUUAGAUCUCUGGGGAUCGAGGUAUUUGCCAUCGGGAUUGGAGAUGUCCACAUAAUGGAGCUUUUGCGGAUCACAGGAACCCUGGAGAGGGUGUUUACUGUGGAGAGCUUUGGCAGCUUGGAAAAUAUCAAGCAAAAGGUGGUUGAUAUCAUCUGCAUAUCCAAACCGCCCAAAGAUCCAUCUGCCUGUACCAUUGAUAUUGCUAUGGGAUUUGAUAUUUCUCGAAGAACCGGAGCUCCUGAUGAGACUCUGGGCAGCGGCCACACCAAGCUUAAGGUCCUCCUGCCGGACAUUGUUCAGUAUGUUUCCACAGUGUACGGACUGUGCUGCACUGGCCCCGCCCCCGUGAAACCUAACAUCGCUUUCCUAGUGGUGAACCGUGAUGGACGCACUCUGUACAACUUCAAGUUUGAAGGUUACAACAAGGAUGUGGUUGAAAAAGUUAAGACCCUGCGGUUGUCAGAACCGACUUACUUCAACACAGCACUGCUGAACUCCUUCAAGAACAAGUUCAGCACCGAGUCCACAGCCAUUGUGAAGGUGCUGGUGAUCUUCUCAGAUGGACUUGAUGAAGAUGUGAUGAAGCUUGAACAUGAGUCAGAGCUGCUCCAACAGUCUGGGGUCAGUGCUUUGCUGGUUGUAUCUCUGGACGGUGCGCAAGAUGUUCGUCAGCUCCAGAUGGUCGAGUUCGGACGUGGGUUUGAUUACAAGUUUCCACUCAGCAUCGGCAUGCCAAGUGUCGCCAGCAGCAUCCUCAAACAGAUCGACACGGUGUCAGAUCGGGAAUGCUGUGGCGUCAUGUGCAAAUGUGUGGGACCCGAGGGCAUGCGUGGGUUUCGAGGGCCUCUGGGCCCAAAGGGGCUGUCCGGACAGAAAGGUCACCCCGGCUUCCCAGGAGACGAGGGAGUCUCCGGAAAUCGAGGGGGUCCUGGACCCACUGGACCUCAGGGUGUCCAGGGUUGUCCCGGGAUCAGAGGACAGCAGGGCUACAGGGGUCUCCGUGGAAACAGGGGGGACAACGGAGACGACGGACUGAACGGAGUGGACGGAGAACAGGGAGUGACGGGAAAAAACGGCUCUCUAGGACAGAGAGGACACCCAGGAAACCCGGGUAUCCCGGGAAUCAGAGGGGAGGCGGGACUCAAAGGAGAGCGAGGACUGAGAGGAGAUCCGGGCGAGCUGGGCGUCGACAGCACCGUCCCAGGACCCAAAGGAGACGUGGGAAAUCCAGGUUUACCGGGUGCACCUGGACAGGACGGUCUGCCCGGUGAGAGCGGCGUCAACGGAAACCCGGGUCCUAAAGGAAGUCCAGGUCCACCUGGUGUGAAGGGUUCAGCUGGAGGACCAGGAGCUGCAGGAGCUAGAGGAAGUCCAGGUUCUUCUGGUCCACAGGGUUCCAGGGGGGGCAGAGGUGUUCCUGGACCCACAGGGAUUCCCGGUCUUCCUGGAAUUCAGGGUCGACCUGGACGUUUUGGAAAUCCGGGACCAGCUGGACGCCGAGGUUCUCCUGGACAGAGGGGCCAACCUGGAGAUCCAGGCACCAAAGGUGGACCAGGACCACAAGGACCUCAAGGCCUUCCGGGUCAGGACGGCAGGGACGGUUAUGGACCUCCAGGGCCACCAGGUGCCAAGGGUGAUCGCGGCUUUCCUGGUUAUCCUGGUUUAAUGGGUGAAAAUGGCCAGAAGGGAGCUAAAGGACUUCCUGGACAUAAAGGGAACCGAGGUCAAGUGGGCAACUCUGGGAGGCCGGGACGAACAGGCAUGCCUGGAAAGCCGGGUUAUUCAGGACACAGGGGACCCCAAGGUCCUCCUGGAGACCGAAACAUGACGGAGUGCCAGUUGAUCACUUACAUCAGAAAAAAAUGUGCGUGCUGUUUGGAUCAGGUGGUGUGCCCAACGUACCCCACAGAGGUUGUCUUCGCCAUGGACAUGUCCAAGGAUGUGACCCCAACCGCCUUUGAAAGGAUGCGCUCUGUCCUGCUCUCCCUGCUUGAGGAUCUCUCCAUCACCGAGAGCAAUUGUCCGACAGGCGCCCGCGUCACUGUGAUGGGAUACAGCAGCUACACCAAGUACUUGAUUCGUUCCCACGAUUACCAUCGCAAGAAACAACUGAUUGAGUUGGUAAAGAACAUUGCUCUGGAACAGACCUCCAACCAGCGCCACCUGGGGGCAGCCAUGCGCUUUGUGAGCCAGAAUGUCUUCAAACGCACCCGUGCCGGAUUGUUGAUGAGGAAGGUGGCCGUGUUUUUCUCCAACGGGCCAUCGCAGGAACCUACUGACAUCGUCACGGCCGUCAUGGAGUAUCGGGCCCUCAACAUUUUCCCAGCAGUCAUCUGUCUGAGGAGCGCUCCUGAGAUCACAGAAGCCUUUGAGGCUGACAACACAGGACACGCCCUCUUCAUGGUGCUUGGAGCGCCUUCAGACUGGGCUGAUGACCUGAAGAAGAUCAAGUCAUGCGCCAUCUGUUACGAUCCUUGCAGCAAACAGAAAAAUUGCACCCUUAUCCAGGAAGCUCCGCCUCCUCAGGAAGUGGACAUGGAUCUCGCUGUGGUGGUUGACGACUCCAGGGAAAUACAGGCUGACAAUUACGCUGGCAUCCAACAGCUUCUGGGCUCCAUCGUCGACCAGCUGGCCUUGAGUCCGCAGCCCCACCAGCCUGGCAACCAGGCCCGGGUGGCUGUGGUGCAGCAGGGCGGGAAGCUGGAGUUUGGCCUGCAGACUUUCCAGGACCGGGAUCAGAUGAAGACACACCUGGUGCAGAGCAUGCAGCAACAAAGCGGCUCGCCGGUGCUCGGACAGACGCUGGAGUUCACCUUGAAGGAGGUGCUGCUGAAGGCCAGACCGCCCCACAAGAAGAAGGCACUACUGACCGUGGUGGGCACCCAGACAUCCUACUGGGACCAGGACAAACUCCAGUACAUCUCCCAGCUAGCAAAGUGCCAAGGUGUGGCGCUGUUUGUGGUGACAGUCGGUCAGCGCUACAACCGCACGCAGGUGGAGGAGCUGGCCAGCGCACCCCUCCAACAGCAUCUGAUCCACGUGUGGCGUCUGAAAGCUGAGGAACAGGGCUACAUCCAGCGCUUCUUCGGGGUCUUCCUUUCUGCUCUCAAGAAGGGGAUGAACCCGUACCCGCCAGCUGCCUUCAAACAGACCUGCAGCCAGCUGAGAACCAGAGGACCAGGAUGGGGUGACACUUACGGGCAGGGGGCAGUGCAGCUAGAAGAGGAGGAGAUGCUGCUGUCCAAUAGGGAGGUGACAUUUCAGGAUCAGAAAGAAGUGAAACUGCAAACUAUCCAGCUGGAUGUCCUCGAGCCUUUGGUCAGAGAGGACAACCAGGACUUCCUGUUGACGCCAGUAAACAUAGCCCGGUGCCACUCUGGUGCUGAUUCGGGCGUCCUGUGUACGGACUUUGUCCUGCAGUGGUUCUUUGACAAAGCCGUCGGUGCAUGCUCGCCCUUCUGGUACGGCGGCUGUGGUGGCAACGCUAACCGCUUUAACACGGAAAAUGAAUGUUUGCAGACAUGUGGCGCCUAUCAUCUGAAGCAGCACAACAACCUCCUGUCCAAAGAAGCCUGUUUCCUGAGCCAGGACUCCGGUGGGUGUCAAAACUACACCGUGAAGUGGUUUUUUGACACAGAGAAGAGCGAAUGUUAUCGCUUCUGGUACGGCGGCUGCGGUGGAAAUGGAAACCGCUUUGAGACACAGGAGGAGUGCGAGAACCUGUGUCUGAUGUAGAAGCCAUGAGGACCAGCAGGCAGCAGAUAACUCUCCAGCAGAAAUCUCAAUGCCACUGUCCACCAAUCACGUCACAGAAAACAUGCACAUUGACCUCACACCUUUAUUCAAGAUUGAACUGCUGAAGUCUUGUAGCUAAAACACCUUCAAGUUGAGUUUUGUAUUGUUGAUUACCAGGGGGCACUUUGGAUGUUCUAAAGCACACAUGUUUCUGCAAAAACCAGAAAGGACACUUUUUAAAAUUAUAGACUCUCAUCUCUUUCACAUUAUGGAAUCCAGACAUCAGUAUCAGCACCAAUGGGCCUUAAAGGACGUGUCGCACUGAAAUCAGAACCAUUUAGAUUUAGGCUGUCUGCGACCAUCCGAUGAUCCACCAGGGUUACUUUGUGCACUUGUGACCGGUUUCAAAGUAUACGGCAUUCACAGCAAACAGCUACGCAGACUUCCGAAAAAAACAAAGUACUCGUGAGUACUCGAGUGUUUCCGACAGGUGACGUACUUACUAGAAGCGUCCCAGCGUGCGCUUCAAUGAGCUGAGACACAGAUCAAUUCGAGUUUACACAAGUGUGAUGUCGUGUUCUGACGACUUGUAUUUAAGUGAUAACUGUUCAUUGUGGUGCAGCGCCGGUAAAAGGAGAAGCUCUGAGAAGGUUUUGUGCACCAGCAGCAGUUAGUCAUAAACGUAGCCUGCUAAAAAAUGCUAAUAAGUGUUGAUAUAACUG